CCCAAGCCCCCACCUCCUCAUUUUCCAUCACAAGAUCUAUAGCUGCCCCCCCCCACCGCCUCCUCCCCCCAGCACAUCCUCUCCUGCACGGGCUGGCUCCCUGGGUGGCCCUGGGCCUGCAGGCUCCACCCAUGUCACCUCGCGCCAGCCCCACCACCUGCAAUUGGGCCACACCUCCCCCAGCUGCCCCUCCUCUCUGGGCCUCCACCUUCCCAUGGAGGCAGGGAGGCUCCUCGGCCCCCCACCGCUCCAGCUUAGCCCUCAGCCACCCUUGCCCCUCACCCUCUCUGCCUCCACUUCUCCUCUCCCCUCAUUUCUCAGCUCUGCUCAGGCCCUGACUUCUCCUUGGCUUCACAGCGCCCAAGGCUGAGACCCCCACCAUGGCCAGCCCCGGGAAGCCUGGGGCUGGGGAGGCCCAGGAGGAGGAGGGGUGGGACGAGGGGCGCGCCCCAGGGCCACUGGCAGCGACACUGGAGCAGGCCCAGGAGUUGUUUCUGCUGUGCGACAAGGAAGCCAAGGGCUUCAUCACCCGGCACGACCUGCAGGGCCUGCAGAGCGACCUGCCCCUCACGCCCGAACAGCUGGAGGCUGUGUUCGAAAGUCUGGACCAGGCGCACACCGGCUUCCUCACCGCUCGGGAGUUCUGCCUUGGCCUGGGGAAGUUGGUGGGGGUGGAGCCUGCCCCGGAUGCUCUGCCCUCCCGGGCUCCAGAGGAAACCUUCGAGGCGGGCUGGUCGGAUGUGCAAGGCACUGGGGGCUCCCUGGAGGAGGAGGACGAGGAGAGAUUCUGCUCUGCACUGGUGCAGCUGGGGGUGGCCCGGGUCCUGGGCGAGCAGCGGGCAAUUCGGACGCUCUGGACCCAGCUGCAGCGUGAGCGACCCGAACUGUUGGGAUCCUUCGAGGACGUUCUGAUGCGGGCGUCGGCCUGCCUGGAGGAAGCGGCCCGAGAGCGGGAGGGCCUAGAGCAGGCGCUGCGGCGGCGGGAGGGCGAGCACGAGAGGGAGGUGCGAUGUCUGUACGAAGAUAUGGAGCAGCAGCUUCGCGAGCAGCGCCAGCGCCUGCGCAGUCAGGACGUCCCCCGGGAGGAGCAGAGAGGCCGCCUAGAGCUGGAGCUGCAGAGUCGCGAGCAGGAGCUGGAACGCGCGGGGCUGCGGCAGCGGGAGUUGGAACAGCAGCUGCAGGCUCGGACCACCGAGCAGCUGGAGGCGCAGGCGCAGAACGCCCAGCUGUGGCUGGCCAACGAGGCGCUGCGGGCGCAACUGGAAGGGGCGCAAGAGCAGCUCCGCAGACUGGAGAGUGACUUGCUGGGCCGUCGGGAGCAAACCCAACGAGACGUGGUCGCGGUCUCGAGGAACAUGCAGAAAGAGAAGCUCAGCCUCCUGCGGCAACUGGAACUGCUCAGGGAGCUGAACACGAGGCUACGAGACGAGAGGGACGUCUGUGAGGCCAAGCGGCUGGGCAGUGGCCGCAGGAAGGCUCUGACCACGGCCCCCCUGCUGGGGCCCACCUGCUGCUGCUGCUGCUGUUGUAGUAGCUGGGCUCGCCCCCCCAGACGCGGCUCUGGCCACCUUCCCAGUGCCCGCUGACCAGCCCGAGUGACUCACUGGGCGUUACUUGGUUACUCGGAGAAGCUGCCCCUUGAAGGCGACUCCUCGUGGCUGGGGGCUGCCCAUCCAGGAUGUGGGUUCUACCCAGUAGGCUGCCUGGCCUGCCUGACUUGCAGACGUGAAGGAACUAAUCCUCGGUGGUCAGGGUCUCGCCGUGCCUCCCUGCCGGUCCUCACCCUACCCCCAUCCCAUCAAAACCAGAAGAAAACCCCCUCUUCCAAAUAAAGUCCACUGACUUCGACCUCCUCGGCCUCCUGUGUGUGUGGGAGCCACAACGUUUGAGAGGCUGUCCUCCCAACGGCGCCCAGAGAGGCUCCUGUCUGCAUCUGACCGCACCUCCAGAGCCUCCCCCCAGGCCCGCAUCUAUUCUGU